GCAUUUGACGAAUUAAGAGAUGAAGAAAACGAGAGGGAUGCUAAGGAAUUAGAAGAAAUGAACGAUGAAGACGAAGAGCCAGGUAAGUGUUGAUUCUGCUAACCGAGUUCUGUCUCCACUUCGGAGAUGAGAUUCAAGUUAUAAUGUCAAUGACGAGAGUUUGGAAUUUUUCUUCUCAUUGGGAAGAAACUCGUGAAAGAACAGUUUAGGAUAAACAGGGGUAAUUUUAAUGAUCAUUUUCUGCAUCGAGAAAGUUCUUUUAGCAGGUUUUGGUUGACAACAGUUGAAAGUUAGCAUGAAAUGUAGUAUGGGAAGGAACAAAAACUCAACUCUUGCGAGGUUUUUAUUUUAAUCGCACAUAAGAAAGAAAGAGAAGAAUAUUGCUCACUACACUGAUUAUACCAACAGGAUCCAUAUAAUGUCUGAAUUUGUCUUAUCAUGGGGAUUACCGGGUGAUUUACUUCUUUGGAAAAGAAGAUCAAUUACGUGGGACAUGAUGCCACAAUUAUCAAUGAAGUAAACUGUGAGAAAAGCACUUUCUAACCAGAUGUUACGAUUUUUGUUCCAUCAGGUGAAGAUGAAGUUUCUGAGGAUCCAAGACCGGUACCAAGAAAGUCAAAAAAGAAAUAUGGUAAAGUUAUUCAACAUUUCUUGAUCUUAUAUUUUGAUUUAUGAUCCAUGAAACGUUCUUGCUCCCGCACAAUUGAUAUUCGGUCAGGUGGCCGAAUAUCCCCUGCUACAACUGGGCAUAGUCAAGGAUAUCACGCAACCGAUAGCUUUUAAUUCAAGAAGAUAUAGCAGAAAAUGGGAAUUAUCUGUUUGUUCAUAAAAUCGUACUGGAGAACGCUCAAAAGAAACAUUCGGUGCGCGCUGCCAAAUGUUUGAAUGAUAAUAGUUACAAAGCCUAUAUUUUACGCAAAAAAUAUACUCGUAUGUUUGUCCUUGGACAUUAUCUGUUCCUCUAAGCUCUUAGGUUUCCUCGAGCUUCGCUCUCGGAAACUGUUCGCAUCUUGGAACAGAGAAUGUCCGAGGAUAAACAUUCCUGUAUAUUUUUACGCCAAGUAGAGGCUAUUGUUUCCAUCUUGCUAAGAUAUAACUAUAAUAUCAGACAAUUAUCUUGUAAAAUAUGGAGAGAAAUGUUAAUGAAUGGGCCCUUUGUCUGAUUCUGAGAUUUUUAUGUUCGAUAAUCCAUCGUUUGAUAUUAAUGGUCUAAAUAUUUUUUUUCGUAAUUAUUUUAAGGUUAUUUGUAUAGGAAAGGAAAAGGCUACCGCAAGUACCGGAAAAAACCUAAGAAAAGCUACCGUAAAGCCUACCGGAAAUAUCGUUCCCGAAAGGGUUACUACCCAAAAAAAGGAAAG